AUGGAGGGGUCGGCGACGGAGGGAAAUCACGGAGGCGAUCCCCGCGCCGAACAUGCCGCAACCAAGGAGUCCGAGGCAGCGGCAACGCAACACCAUCUGACGCUGCUCCAGCCGACCGUGGACGAAGUUUCUGCAGCCGUGCUGGAUGAGGACAAGGUGGGGGAGCACGAGUCGGUGGGGCAGGUCGGUGGCUCUCCACCUUCUGGUGGACGGGGGAGGCGUAGGCAGAGGAAGAGCGAUGGGGAGGACGAUUAUGACACCGCCGUGCCCGGGGACCUCAUUACGCGGGCGAAGAGGUGGCAGACGACAGGUAGUGCUGACGACGCCGGAGGCGCGGCAGUUGGGACACCGCGAGGCGCCAAGGAACCUAGUGGCAAGGCGGGCGGUCAAGCAUUGCGCAAGAAGGGCCGACCCGCAGCAAGAAAAGCAUCCGACGGAAGGAGAGGCAAGAAAGCAGCGACGGGAACAAAGCCGAAACGGGGCGAUGAAGACCCCGGUGAUAUGGGGGAGGAGGAGGAUGAGGAGGAGGAUGCGGAGGGAGAGGAGGAUGAAGAGGAAGCGGAGGAGGAUGACGCGGAUGUUGGGGAGGAUGAAAAAGAUGAGAAUGAUGGCGGGGAGGACGAAGAGGAGGAGGAGGAGGAGGAGGAGGAGGAGGAGGAGGAGGAGGAGGAGGAGGAGGAUGAUGAGGAGGAGGAGGAGGAGGAGGAGGAGGAGGAGGAGGAGGAGGAGGAGGAGGAGGAGGAGCAGGGUGACGACGAGGAGGAGGAUGUGGAGGAGGAGGAGGAGGAGGCAGCAGAGGAGGAGGAGGAGGAGGAGGAGGAGGAGGAGGAGGAGGAGGAGGAGGAGGAGGAGGAGGAGGAUGUGGCGCCAGUGAAGGGACGGGGCAGGCAAGUGUUCGGGGCGAACACGUUCCGCGUUCGAGUACUGUUCUCCACCUACCCCACGCCCUUCUACCUGUUGCCAGGAUGA